AUUGCUGCGCGUGCGCACUUGGCCAGCGCGGCUACACUUGGGGAAGCUAGAGGCUGAAGAAAAUAAAGAGAAAGAUGAAGCAAGUAUUUACCAUCUCAGAGAAAAUUGUUGCAGGCAACCUUGUACAAUACAAUUGGCAGAAAACACUCGGGAAUUAUAUAGCCAUCACUGGGUCUGACCAUAUGGUGAAAAUCUUUGAUCGACAUGGACAUAAAAGAAAUGAAAUUAACUUGCCAGGAGUUUGUGUUUCUAUGGACUGGGAUAAAGACGGAGAUGCCUUGGCUGUGAUUUCUGAUAAAUCAAAUGCCAUUUACUUAUGGGAUGCAAACACACACAAAACUACACAGUUGGACAGUGGAAUGAGCCUCUGGCUAACGUCUCCCCAGGCAGCAAUGUUGGCAGCUUCUGCUCUUAUUCAACAAGCAACAACAGUGAAGAAGAAGGAUAUUCGUAAGUUCCUGGAUGGCAUCUACGUGAGCGAAAAGACCACUGUUGUUCCACAGUUUAACGAUUAA